CCCAUCACAAGUAGAAGUGAAUGGCAUGGGGGCUCAUUCCUUAGAGCUCAGACUCUCAAAAUUACUGACACAGUGCACAUUUAAACAGUUGAAGCAAAUACAUGGCCUCAUUGUCACUACCUCACUCAACCAUGACAUCCAAACCUUGUCCAAAUUUCUCCGGCGGAGCACAGAGUUUGGAACAAUGGAGUAUUCCAAUCUCAUGUAUUCCCAAUUGGGUCCUCAGUUCAGUAAUCACAUGACCAUUCAGAAUGCCAUGAUUAGAGGGUUUGAUGUUAAUGGUCUGUCUGAGCAGUGCCUCCAACUGUUCGAUGAAAUGCCGCACAGAGGACUCAAACCCCAUAACUUCACGUACCCUUAUGUGUUGUACUCGUGUUCUAAGUUGGGUUGGUUCAGAAAAGGCAGACAAGUCCAUUGUCGCAUUGUGAGGGAUGGGUUUGAGUCCAAUCCGUCAGUUGCUUAUGCCCUUUUCAAUCUCUAUGUUAAAAUGGUGGAUUUGAAUGAUGCCAGCAAGGUGUUUGAUGAAAUGUCUGUGAAAAAUGUCGGGAUAUGGAACCGCAUGAUUUCGCUGUAUGUGAGUGUUUGUGAUGUGCAGAGUGCGAGGAAGCUGUUUGAUGGUAUGCCUGAAAGGGACAUUGUGUCGUGGAAUUCGAUGAUUACCGGCUACGCUGAAGUAAGGGAUGUAGGCAAUGCGAGAGAUUUGUUUGAGCGGAUGCCCGAGAAGGAUGUUGUAUCGUGGACAUUAAUGAUCAGAGUGUAUGCCGAUGCAGGAGACCUUGGGACAGCGAGAAAGUUUUUCGAGAUGAUGCCUUGCAAUAAUGUGGUUUCAUGGAACUCUAUGAUCGCUAGUUACACGCAGCAUGGACAUCAACAAGAAGCACUAGAUCUCUUUGUGCAAAUGCAAUCAAGAGGUGAAGUUCCGGAUAAAUACACGUUUGUUUCUGUUCUAUCGGCUUGUUCUCAGCUGGGUGCUUUAGAAUUUGGAAAAUGGAUACACUACUUGAUAGAAGACUGGUCUGAGUUUGGAGCCAUUUUGGGGACUGCCCUUAUUGAUAUGUAUGCAAAAUGUGGGGACAUAAAUAGAGCUUUCACUCUAUUUAUCAAGAUGGGAAAUACGGAUGUAUUUUGUUGGAAUGUUAUGAUUAGAUCGGUAGCUAUCAACGGAAGAACAGAAGACGCUGUCAAGAUAUACUCAUUGAUGCAGAAGAAAGGGUUGAAGCCGAAUGACUUCACAUUCACUGCUGCUCUCUUUGCUUGUAGCCAUGGAGGCUUAGUAAAGGAAGGUGAAAGAAUCUUUCAAUCCAUGGCAAGGGAUUUUGGGGUUGACCCAAAACUCGAGCAUUAUGGCUGCAUUAUUGACCUACUGAGCCGAAAUGGUCAGCUGGAGGAAGCAGUACGUCUAAUUAAGGAAAUGCCGUAUAAGCCUGACAUAGCAAUAUGGGGAGCUUUCCUUGGGGGCUGCAGAGAAAGAGGUCAGCUGAAGUUGGCGGAGGAAGUGAUAGAGAAAGCUAAGGAGUUGGAGGCAAAUGAAUCAGGAGUUUAUGUGCUCUUGUCUAACAUGCAUGCCUCAGUGGGGCAAUGGCCAGAGGCUCAAAGUGCAAGAGAAAAGAUGGAAGAAAUGAAAAUUUGGAAGAACACAGGGUAUAGUAAUGUUUAUGCUUCUUAA